ACUCUCUGCUCAGCUUGCUCUGUUCAGCCUGGCCUCAGUCCAACACCACACCUCCUGCAGCUGUGAGAAGAACCAGGAAGUCCCUCCCUCUCUCUUUGUCACGCAGUUUCAGGGAAAACAAAACUUAACUCCGUCUUAUUUCAGAGAAACAAACAAAAAAGAGCUCUGUCUGUGUCAGUGUGAGCAGUGAAAUGGCUGAAUGUGGAGGUUUACUGGAUCAGGAACAGUUCAGCUGUUCAAUCUGUCUGGAUCUACUGAAGGAGGCGGUGACUAUUCCGUGUGGACACAAUUACUGUAUGGACUGUAUUAAGGACUGCUGGGAUCAGUAUGAUCAUACUGGUGUCUACAGCUGUCCCCAGUGCAGAAAGACCUUCACCCCAAGGCCUGUUCUGAACAAAAACACCAUGCUGGCUGAAGUGGUGGAGAAACUGAAGAAGACAGGACUCCAAGCUGCUCCACCUGCUCACUUUUACGCUGGCCUUGGAGACGUGGCGUGUGAUGUCUGUGCUGGGAGAAAGCGCAAAUCUGUCAAUUCCUGUCUGGUGUGUCUGGCCUCUUACUGUGAAACUCACCUCCAGCCUCACUAUGAAUCUCCUCCUCUUAAGAAGCACAAACUGGUGAAAGCCACUGGAAACCUGCAGGAGAAGAUCUGCUCUCAUCAUGACAAACUUCUGGAGGUUUAUUGUCUUACCGAUCAGCAGUGUAUCUGUUAUCUGUGUGUGAUGGAUGAACACAGAGGCCAUGAUACAGUCUCAGCUGCAGCAGAAAGGACUGAGAAACAGAAGCAGCUGGGGGCGACACAGAGUAAAUUCCAGCAGAGAAUCCAGGAGAGAGAGAAGGAGCUGCAGGAUCUGAGACAGGCUGUGCAGUCACUCAAGUGCUCUGCACAGGCAGCAGUGGACGGCAGUGAGAGGAUCUUUACUGAGAUGAUCCGCUCCAUUGAGAGAAGGUGCUCUGAGGUUGAAGAGCUGAUCAGAGAUCAGGAGAAGGCUGAAGUGAGUCGGGCUGAAGGACUCCUGGAGCGACUGGAGCAGGAGAUUGCUGAGCUGAGGAGGAGAGACGCUGAGCUGGAGCAGCUUUCACACACAGAGGAUCACAUCCAUUUCCUCCAGAGCUGUCAGUCUCUCUGUGCCCCUCCUGGACCUGGAGACUUACCCAGCAUCACUGUCAGUCCACACAUCUCUUUUAAGGCUGUGAGGAAAUCUGUCUCUGAACUGAAAGAGCAAAUGGAGGACAUUUUCAAGGCAAAGUUGGUCAAAGUUUCAGGAAAAGUGGGAGAAGUCCAUAUUGUUGGCCCUGAAGAGCCCAAGACCAGAGAGGACUUCUUACAAUUGGGAAGAGUCCGUAUUGUUGGCCCUGAAGAACCCAAGACCAGAGAGGACUUCUUACAAUUGGGAGAUGUCCAUAUUGUUGGCCCUGAAGAGCCCAAGACCAGAGAGGACUUCUUACAAUUGGGAAGAGUCCCUAUUGUUGGCCCUGAAGAGCCCAAGACCAGAGAGGACUUUUUACAAUAUUCCUGUCAGCUCACACUGGACCCCAACACAGCGUAUAAACAGCUCUGUCUGUCUGAGGGGAACAGAGAGGUGACCUGUGUGGGAGAGAUCCAGUCAUACCCUGAUCAUCCAGAGAGAUUUGACGACUGGGACCAGGUGCUGUGCAGAGAGGGUCUGUCUGGACGCUGUUACUGGGAGGUUAAGUGGAGAGGGGGGUAUAGGGUUGAUAUAGCAGUGUCAUAUAAAGACAUCAGCAGGAAAGGAGUGGGUGAUGACGCUGCUCUGGGACGUAAUGACAAGUCCUGGAGAUUGCGCUGCUCUGCCUCCAGUUACUCAUUCUGGCACAAUAAUGAGCGCACUGACAUCCCUGUUCCCUCCUCCUCCAGAAUAGGAGUCUACCUGGAUCACAGGGCAGGAACUCUGUCCUUCUACAGCGUCUCUGACACAAUGACCCUCCUGCACAGAGUCCAGACCACAUUCACUCUGCCCCUCUAUCCUGCAUAUGGGGUUUAUGGGCAUGGAUCUUCUGUAAAACUGUGUGAUCUGGGUUGAGUCAGAAACUGAAGGGAAGAUCAGCUGUAACUAAAAAGAGGGAACAACAGUGAGAUAAAACAGUGAAAUGAGAUAGAAAAUGAAUUAAAUGAAAUAUUGGGCUCAUUACACCAAGGGCCGAGUUUUACCUUGAUAUGCAGCUUCACAAACCUGAUUUAAUAAGAUUUGGUGAAGUCACUGUUGUGACUCCAUUUUGAUGAUUUAGGAGUGCUUAAUGGAUGAUUUUUGAGACGCCUUUAGAAGUAUUACAUCGCUGUACAGGGCGUUUAGUGCUGCAGCACCCAGGCUCUGGAAUGACCUUCCUGGGUGCAAUAGGACUUCUGAAUCCAUCCAGUCUUUCAGAACACAGUUAAAACCUGUCUGUUUAGGAAGGGCUAUCACACUGAUCAUCACACAUAGCAUUUCUCUGCUCAUUGGGGGUUCUCCUCCCUGCUGGUUCCUUGUAAACAUUGUUUUUAUAGCUUGCUCUUGUUUUUACUCUUGCUUUUUGGUGUUGCUUUUUAUAUUGUUAUUAAUCAAUUUAUUUUUUAUUAUUAUUAUUUUAGAAAUGUUUGUACUGUACAGUGCUUUGAGCUUGGGAAAAACACUUCACAAAUAAAUUGUAUUAUUAUUAUGAAUAUUAAA